AUGUUUGUUGACUUCCCUUUUGUCCAAUAUCACUUGAGGUUCAUUUCUGUUCCUUCUCUUCCACGCACUGCUAAGGUUUCUCCUGGACGUUCUGGUCUCAUCAACGACCCCCACUCUGUGGGUAAAUUUCUGGACGUGGAGGCAGCUGCCUCUGAUGCUGAUAGCAGCGGUGAUUGUCUUGAGGAGUCCAAUGCGGACGCAAACAAGUAUGAAUUGGACUCAGUCAUUGUUGCGGAUGAUGUCGGUGAUGGAUCUUCCAUCGAAUGGUCCGCAAGUCCUCCUCGCGUCCAAGCUGACAUUGAAAGGUCGCCAAGUCUUCCUCGCAUUCGCGCUUCUCAAGCCCAGGAUGAUAUGGACGUCUCUUCUCCUGAGAGUGCUUUCAAAGAUUCGGCAUUGCCUGUACCAAAAGAGCUUUACUCCAAUCGUGUUCGUCAGGGUACACCGGAGGAAAAACGUCCCUCCUCACCAAAACUGUAUAGCCCGAUUGAGCUGAGUGACGAUGAAUACCCUGUCCUCCCACCUUCUCUGAGUGAGCCUAAGGAGCAUCACAAGCCUUUCUUGUUGCGUAGUCCCAAGACGCCUUCGAGACAAUUGCACUCCACCAUUUCCCAGUCCGACAGCUUGGCUUCAGUGUCCCCAUCCCCUCCGAAAGAUCUCACAUCAAUUGUUGUCAAUGGGCGAACAUAUUAUGCAUCUGAUGAUCCCAACUUCAGAAAUCUAGUCUUGUCACCUUCGUCUUCCCUGCGCGGCGGCGCCCCUGCGCGUUCGGUGGUCACCGAUGUUGUGUCCUCCCAAAUGGACUCCCUUUCUUCUCGUCCAUCUUCAUUUUUACCCGAUGUUGUUGGCGUUGAUCAUCAGGUGGAUGAGGAUUCUUUUGACUUAUGUUAUCCACCCGAGUCACCCAAAAACACAAUGUCUCCUAUACCAGCUCCGUCCUUGUCUCAUGGCCUUUCAAUUGAGGACUAUGACAACAUGGACAUUGACCUCCCUGCGAAUUUCCGUUCGAUUCCUGCCUUACGGACUCCCUCGCCUGAUUUACCUUCUAAUCCAUUAGAAGGCUGGAUUCCUACUCCUCGAUCCUCAUCCACUUUGGAGUCCCGCAUGCGUCCAGUUCUUCCCACCACCUCAUCCUCUAAAACCAAAAUUUUCCCCUCAAAAUUAGAGCGUGGCAUGUCCCCUCUGAAGAUACCCUACGCUGCUUCACCAUCACCUCCUCGUUCUCUAUUAUCGUCGCCAUCUCAUUCUAAUUCUGACACAUCUACUGUGAAUACGUCGCCAUCUAAAUCUUCUGCCACCGGGUCUCCAUCUUCAAGACUCAAAGGGAAGGAUCAUCUUCGGUUCCAUCCUUUCUCUAAUUCGAAACGUACUACUCCUUCCCCGCUUGUCACUACCCCAGUGAAAACCCUUCCAAAACCCUCUGCUGCUGGGAAGAAACAUCGUGAUGCCAUUAUCCAUCGUGCACUCACAGAUGCUUUGCUCUCCCCUGCGAUUCCUCCUAUCGGAUUCGACAAUUCGGCAUCUUCAUCUCCUCCUCGCAAGUCACGCAAAGAGCUGAUAUGCGACGCUCUUAGCGAGAACGAUCUCAUGGAGUCUGGAGAUUCGGCAGGUUUUGAGGAACAGUAUCACGAACCUCAGGAUGUCGUUCCUUUCAUCGACAAUAAUCUUGGCGAAAAUGGUGUCCUCAAUGCUGAGUGGAUUGAUCCCCGUUUUGCGGCUUCUUUUAGAUCCGUGGUCGACCUCCCCGCCGUCACCAUCAGGCCUGUAGCUGAUGAAAGCAUUACCGAUGAUGAUGAUUAUCUUCUCUACCGUGACAUGGUUUCAGGAAUCACUUCUAGUCAGGAAAGAUGUAUUCGCCAAACCGUGAAUUUCGUACGAUCCGCUAACAUAUUCAAUGGUGCUCGUUUCGAUCCGACUCCUCCCUGUGCGAUCACUUGUCCCACAAUCAACAACAAAAUCCACCUGGUCCUUGCCGAAGAUCGUUUCUUCAAUGCUGUCUUCCUCACAGUUGGCCGUGUGACUGAAUCGUAUAUUUUCAGUCCCAAAUCCUUUCUUGUUAAAGAUAAAGCCGUUCGAUACAUUCGAGGCUUACGCGUUCAUGGACUUAUGCAGGAAUCACAGCGUUUGUUUGCAUGUUUUGGAAGUCUCAUUGGUUCUUCAAAAUUCGGGUGCCCUGUUUCUGAGGGUAUUAUUGAUUUUCGUUCCAACCAGCGUUUCGACUCUGACGCUUGGAAGGACGAUCCCGACAACCUCAGUCCUUUAGAACCUGUAUCCCCUGGUAAAAAGCGCGAUAUCUCCAAUGUACCCAAGAAUCUCCAUUGCAAAAAUCCUUUACCCUUUUCUCGUGCAGUCCCCAUCUUUGAUGGAAGGGACUCCUUUGUUGCAGCACCUGCUCAGUUGAACCAAAUUGGCUCUCGUACCUAUCCUUUCUACAAAAACUCUGAAGAAGACCUUCCCACUGGCUGUAUUGUCUGUGUUGGGUAUACUGCUCAUACAUGGCAGUCUUCUGGGUCAUACAAGGCACCUCCCCUUUCCCUCUCUCUUGGUCUACAAUUUGUCGUAGUCCUUGCUCUUCCCCCUGGUUAUGAUGGGCCAGGUCUUCCCAAACCCAUCUCCUCGCGUCCCUUCCCUAAACCAAUAUACAAUACUCCGACUCGCACAAAGGACUUUCCGGGCCCUCCUCGUCGCAAACCUCCUCAUUCGAAGCCAUCUUCUGACAAUGCCGCUGGUUCUUCACGUAUUUCUCGCCGUAGCGAAGUUGAUUCUGAUGAUGAAAGCCCUUAUGUUCAUGCAGGUGGUCUCAAGGAAGGAUUUGAAUAUCAUGAAGAUCUAAUGCCAUCGAAAUCUAACCGUAAAGGGAGGUAG